UUUAUCUAUCAAAAUUUAUGUAAUUCAUGACACGUAAUUCGGUCAGUAAUAAAUUUCGGUGAAAUGUAUCGCUCCUGUAAAUGUCCAGUAGAACAAACUGCUUGCCGGUGUCCUUCCAAUGAGUCUCAAUAUAGUACAGAUGAUGUUUAUCCCGAUGAAACAAGCGGUGCUCAGUGCCUGUGCUGUUCUUGCGACAAAAGCGACAAACCAAUGGUCAGAGGAAAGUUCGGCCUUGCUUAUGUUAUAGAAACACCAAAAAAGAAAUUUUGUAAACCACUGGGUUGGCAAGUUGAAUUUGAAGAUACUCCUUCCAAAAUAGUGAACAACUGCGAAAAAAUGUUGAAAUGGGUAAAUUGUCCCCCCCUUGGUGACUGUAAUAACAUCGAAACAAAUUUUUGUGCCUAUCCGGAUGAUUGUGGUCAACUUUUGAAAGAACGAAGAAGCAACCAGUCUAAAUGCUGCAAAUGCUGCAAUCAAAAACCUCCGAAAAAGGAUGAAGGAAGACAAUGUGUACGCGAAACAAAAAAAAAAUACAAAAAUUUGUCCUGUUGCAAUCAAAACAGAGAGCCAGUUUGCAUAAUUUGCGAGAAAUGUAGGGUAAAUGCACCAGUGUGCUGCAAUUCCCCCAAGGUGCUUUGUUGUUCCAAAACCAGUCGUAAACCAACUUGUAAUUGUCAAGAACGAAAUGAUAACAGAUGCAAAUGUUGCACGAAGGAAGAAUCUAUUGAAAAAUAUUGUUGUAAAUGUUUCAGACCAAAACCAAAUUCUGCUUUUUUUCGUGAAUCUUUAGACAAAAAAAAUUGUGAUCAACAUCAGAUAAAUCAAUGUUGUUGCGCUAAGACGUUUUUCGUUUGUGACGAUGUUUUAGAUUAUAUACCCAAAAAGGAUAUCACUCUCAUGGAAAGAAAUAAUAAAACUCUUCAAGACAAACAAAAAGACCAAAAUCCACCAUACAAAGAUAGAGAAAGGAGUUCAAGCUUCGAAGAGGAAAAACAUGAACAAGCCCGAUCAAAUGCUCGUACAUAUAAAAUUGAGUCUAAACCUGUAACGAAAGAAAACAAAGAAAUUGAGACCGAGGAUGUGGAAGUAGUUCGAUUGAAAGAAAGGAAAGAGAAAGAAAACGAAUCAGAUGAAGUUGAUGCACAUAACAACAUCAAAACUGAAGAAUCCAUCAAUAAAGUUGUCACAGGAGUCAGUUCUAUGAAAGAGAAUGCAGAGAAAAAGAUUACAUCAAUAGAACCUCCGGAAGGUGAUAAUUCCGAAGUAAAUAGCCCCAUUCCUCAACCAAAGUACAUUGAAAAUGAACAAGUCCAUAAAAAAGAUAUUUUCGAACACACCACUGUAGAGGCUAUAGAAGAAAAAGUUAAUCCACAUAAUAAUACUUUACAAACUGACGAUGUUACUAUUUCUGAAUCGAAGAAUCUCGUAAAUGAAGACACAAAAAAUAAGGACAACGAUAAAGUAAGUACUGAAAAAGAUCAUGAGGAGAACAAGAUGGUUCCAAAAGAACUAUUUGCAGAUAAUACUCUUAACGUAAAUUAUAUUAUUUAUCAGGCCACGAUAGACACCAUCGAAUUAAAUUCUGAAGGUGCUAAAGAAAAAAAUGUAAUUCCAAAAAAAACCUCAAAUGAUAAUUCCAUUGAAAAUAAUAGCACCCUUGAGGCAGAUGAUACUAUUCCUUUAGAAACGCAUAUCAAAGAACAUAAUGAAAUAAAUAAUGUGGGGGAUGAUGGGGAAAAAAAGAGUAUUUCAAAAGAACAAUUGAAAGAUGAUACCCUUCAACAAUCAAUUGAUCAAGUACAAAUGGAAGUUCAUAACAAUCCUGGUGAAAUAAGUGAAGAGUAUGAGUCAGUACAACAAAUUUCAAAAGUUUUAACGCAGCCAUCUAUUCUACAAAAAAUUCGAGAAGCGAAGAAAAAGCAAUUGACUAAACUACAUAUAUACAAAAUUCCAAUAUACAAAGGAAAUGAAACUAGAGUGGAUGUUAUUGAGUCAACAAAAUCUAAGUCCCCAGAUGAAAUUGAGGCCGAGAGCGAAAUCCAGCAAAUUGAUUAUGAAGGCGAUAAAACUAUUCUAGAGAAAAUCAAAGAAGUCCAUCAGAAGCAAAUGCAUGAACUCCAUCUACACCUAAGGAAAGAAUAAUGCAUAUUUAUUUUUUGUAUAUUCAAUGAUUAAAAGAUUUAAUUUCACUCA